AUGCGUUUCUCGGCCACCGCCCUCAUCGCCGCCGUGGCCUCCCUCCAGCCUGCCAUGGCAGCUCCCACCAACAUCGAAACCAACGUGGAGAUCGACGCCGCCCAACUCCCUUCCGAUCUCGCCUUCACAGGCCUGCCACCCCUCACCCCCGAAUGGUACUUCCUCCUGGAGUCCAUUCUCUGGUUGAAGCGUGAGAGAGAGGCCAAAGAGGCCGCCAAGGCCGCCGAGGAAGAGGCCGCCAAGUCGUUGUUCACCGCCUCCGCCGCCCUCGGCGAGAUGGACCCGUCCUGGAAAGCGCCCGUCGUGUGCGGCCAGCCCAACCCCGCCGGGGUCGAGUGCGUGGACGCGGCGACGGCCUGGGCCAACAUCGUUACCGAGGUUAUGGGAAUCGUCCACGACCGCGAGGACUAG